AAGUUCCAUUGUCAUUUGUCAAACAAAAGUCAAAAGUGCAUUAAUGUUUGCAGAAAACGUGUGAAUUUUUCCAAACCUUUUCAUAAAUAUGUUAUUGUGGACUUGGUGAAUAAUUGAUAAUCAACGGCGUAAUGGCCCGUCAUAGAAACGUGAGGAACAGACAUUACUCGGAUGAAUAUUACGAUGAAGAUCUUUAUGGAAAUUCUGUAGAGGAGGACAGCUGUUUGUCACCGAGUGAUACAGCGCAGUGGAUGUACGAUAGGUCUCGAAACCAGCAAGCAAUAUCUCAUUUCUUAGAUAGUGCCAAUGAUAUCCAAGAGGAAUCAGAGGAUGAACACCCGAAUAUUUCACAGCCGGCACUGGAAAGACGGGAGUCCACUGACAUUCGCAGUCUCAAUUUAGAUGAAGAAAAUGAGGCGAAGCUUAUGUCUUGUUUAGAUGCACUACGAGAUAUACUAGGUGAUACGAUUUCAGAGAAUAUACUCAUACAAUCUGUAUUAAAACAUAAUUUUGAUUAUGACAAAGCUCUUGAUGAAAUAUUAAAUAACAACAAGAGUAAACAACAUGGCGUCCCAAAAGUGGAGCCAGCGAAACCUACACUCACUAUUGAUCCUUUAAAACCAGCAGCUGUGAUUUCAGUUCCAAAAGUAAUUGCCACUAAUCUUGAGCCCAAAAGUAUGGCAAUUGUUAAAGGAUUUAAAAUUGGGCUUAGUGAAGAUUCUGGAAGUAGGCCUCAGACUCCAAGAGAUCAGUCACCAUGUACAGAAAGAGCAGCUAUCAAGACUGAACAAAUAGAAGAAGUUAAAACGCCAAAAGUUAAAGAGAAUAAGGUUGAUCCCAAUAAACAGUACAACCAAGAAAGAGGCUCCGAUAAAGAUCACUUGUAUAUUGUUGUUAUUGGUCAUGUAGAUGCUGGAAAGUCUACUCUAAUGGGAAGGUUAUUAUGUGACCUUGGGGAAGUUAGCCAGAAAACGUUGCACAAAUAUGAACAAGAGAGCAAGAAGAUUGGCAAACAGAGCUUUAUGUAUGCAUGGGUCUUAGAUGAAACUGGGGAGGAAAGGGUCAGAGGCAUCACAAUGGAUGUUGGUAGAGCACAAUUUGAAACAAAAACUAAACAUGUUAUCAUUUUAGAUGCACCAGGACAUGCAGAUUUUAUACCAAACAUGAUAACUGGUGCAGGACAGGCUGAUGUUGCUUUGUUAGUAAUAGAUGCAACAAGAGGAGAGUUUGAGUCAGGUUUUGAUUUGGGAGGUCAGACUCGGGAACAUGCUCUGCUUGUCCGAUCACUUGGGGUAAGUCAGCUGGCAGUGGCUGUCAACAAGUUAGAUACAAGUAAUUGGUCUCAAGAAAGGUUCAAUGAGAUUACUAAAAAAUUAAAAUCAUUCUUGAAACAAGCUGGGUUCAAAGACUCGGAUGUGACCUAUGUGCCAUGUUCCGGACUCACUGGAGAAAAUUUAAUUAAACCUCCAAAUGAACCAGAGUUAUUGCAAUGGUACAAUGGGCCUUGUCUUUUAGAUGUUAUUGAUAAUUUCAAUGUGCCAGAGCGACCAGUCUCUAAACCUUUGCGAAUGUCCGUAAAUGAUGUGUUUAAGGGCACUGGGUCAGGUUUUUGUGUAUCUGGACGCAUAGAGAAUGGUAUGUUAAGUAAAGGCGAUAAAGUUCUAAUUUGUCCAACUAAAGAAAUGGCUGAGGUCCGAAGUAUAAGUCUUAAUGAUUUGUCCAGUAAUGUUGGAUUUGCUGGAGACCAAGUUGUUGCAACUAUAUCUGGUGUAGAAAUGCAAAAUGUUUCUGUGGGUUGUGUGUUAAGUGACCCCAUACAACAAGUUCCAGUAACAUCACGGUUUGAAGCUCGAAUUGUCGUGUUUAACGUUAAAGUACCAAUCACAAAAGGAUUUCCUGUUCUCAUUCAUCAUCAGUCUUUAGUAGAGUCAGCAAAUAUCGUCAAAUUGAAGGCUUUAUUAAAUAAGAGUACUGGCGAAUUGAUAAAGAAGAAACCUCGUUGCCUAGGCAACAAUUCGGUUGCGGUAGUUGAGAUAGAAGUGUGCAGACCGAUCUGUGUGGAGCGAUACAAAGACGUGAAGGAACUGGGGCGUGUCAUGUUACGUGUGGCCGGCGUCACUAUAGCUGCGGGGCUCGUCACUGACAUUGUUACAACUUGAUCGAUCUGAAUGCGUUAUCUCAAUGCCGUAGCGCCGAACAUACGUGACAAUUAACGAAUAGCUGAUAAUAUGAUUGAUACGUAUUGUAAAAUGCUAUAUCUUAACCGCAAUAUGCUACGCAUUUGGUGUACAAUAAUGUAUCGUGCUAUAAAAUGAUUAUUAAUUAUUGUUUAUAAUCCUAAUAAAAAUGUUAUUAUUGUAUA